AUGUCGAGCAGGUGGGAUAGCCAGCCCGCCGACGGCAAGGCAGAUGCGGCCGCUGCAGCCGCUGCUGCCGCUGCCAAGAUCGCUGCGCAGUUCGCCCCUCCUCCUGGCGCAUCUCCUGGAGGCGCCCAUGGCGACGGUCGAAGGCCUCCCGGUCGCGAACACUCGGAUGGCCCUCGGGAACGCAGGGUUGGCGACCCGCACGAUGCCGAGUUCACCCACGACAUCGAGAUCAACGACCAACGCAAUCGCUACAUGCUCACAAAGGGUCAGACCCAGCAGAUGGUCCACAAGGAGACCGGCGCCGUCGUCACCACAAAGGGUCUCUGGUACCCGGACAAGAGCCUCGCCACCGCAGAGAAUCCGCCCCUCUACCUUCACAUCAGCGCAUCCACAAAGGAGAUCCUCGAUGCCGCCAUCAAGCGCCUCGAGGAGCUCAUGGCGCAGGAGGUGCCCCAGCUGGUCGAGGACCGCCACCAGCGCAGGCUCGACUACGAGGCGCAGCGGCCCCCACCGCGCGAGCGCACGAGGUGGCCCGAGGAGAAGCUGCCCAUCAACCUCGAGCCGCUGCGCAACUUCAACGUGCGCUCCAAGAUCGUGGGCCCGGGUGGCAUGUUUGUCAAGUACAUCCAAAGCGAGACGGGCACUCGCGUCCAGAUCAAGGGCCUCGGGUCGGGAUUCAUCGAGACCGACACGGGUCGCGAGGCCGACGAGCCGAUGCACAUCAACGUCGCCGGACCGAGCGACGAACAGAUCAAGGCAGCCAUGGCCCUGGCGGAAGACCUGUUGGACGCCGUCAAGACCGAAUGGGCCAAGGCCCGCGACGCGCUGGGCGGCGGCGGACCCGGAGGCUUUGGGCCACCUGGACCAGGAGGGCCGAGGGGCUACGGGCCCGGGCCCGGCGCGGGUUCGUACGGUCCUCCGGGCGGGCCCGGCGGAUACGGGCCUAACGGCUGGGGAGGAGGGCCGCAGCAGGGCCAGUGGGACCAGGGCUACGGCGGCGGUGCUCAACCGCCCAUGCCAGAUGGCAACCCGCCACCGCCGCCGCCUCCCGAGGAUGAAGCGCCGCCUCCACCGCCUUCAGACGGCUACGGGCAGCCGGCAUCAGCGUCCGGGUAUGGUACGGACCCCAGGGGGCGGCAGGAUGCCUAUGCCUCGCGUACGGGCCACGCCGGUGCAGCGGCGGCGAGCCCUUCGAGACCCGCUGCCACCGCUGCCGCCGCCGCUAUACCGGCGCUGAGCCCCGAGGAGGAGCAGCUGGAAAAGUACUGGAAGGAGUACAUUUCCUGGGAGGACAGCUUUGUGGCCUACCACAACCGCAAGCCGACCAAGGACGAGGGCGCGCAGGACGUCCCCGACAAGUACCGCAAGAAGUAG